AUGGAAUUACCAAUUGUAUAUUAUCCUCGUCCAGAAUAUAUUGAAACAACUAUAAUUCAAACUGAUUGUGUUAUUCGUGGUGACCUGAGACGUACAGGAACCGGACAUGCAGUGGUGGUUGCUAUUGGUAGAUAUUGCCUUUUGACAAGAGGUAGCAUUAUCAGACCGCCAUAUAAAACAUAUAAAGGAGUUUUCAGUUAUUAUCCGGUGAAGAUAGGUGACCAUGUUACAAUUGGUGAAGGCAGUGUAGUGGAAGCAGCUAUCAUUGGUUCAUUUGUACAUAUUGGUAAAAAUUGUGUUAUUGGAAGAUUUGCAAUAAUUAAAGAUUGUUGCAGGAUCGAAGAUAACACUGUUAUAUCUCCAAAUACUGUGGUUCCUUCGUUCUCGAUCUAUGAAGGAUCGCCUGGUGUAUUUGUUGACGAAUUACCAGAAUGUGUACAAGAUAUUUAUGAAGCAAAAACAAAGGAUUAUUAUUCAAAGUUUCAGCCAAAGGAUAUGAUUAUUGUAAUAGCACAAGUAAUCUUAAUUAAAAUAUUAUUUUUUGAUCACCCUCAUCGCACUUCAACAGCAACAUCUUCUUCAUCGCCAUCAUCACCACCUACCACUAAUCCAACUACUUCAGUCGCACCAACAACAACUUUACCUCAUAAUUCUCCAGAUUUUACUUCUCCAAUAAGAGAUACUACAACUGUGACAUUGACAAGAAUGUCUGCUAUCCAUUAG